AUUACACUUCUUCUUCUUCUCUUCCAGUCUCCAGAUCGGAUCCAGAAGGAAAAGGAAACACAUCGGUACAGCUAUGGAUUCCUCUUCUUCAUUGCUAUUCAACCAGCUCAAGGCGGCGGAGCCUUUCUUCUUACUCGCAGGUCCCAAUGUGAUCGAAUCUGAGGAUCAUAUUCUCUACAUGGCCAAGCACUUGAAGGCCACGGCCUCCAAACUUGGUUUGAAGUUUGUAUUCAAGUCAAGCUUUGACAAAGCUAACCGCACUUCCUCCAAAUCAUUUCGAGGUCCUGGCUUGGCUGAAGGCUUGAAGAUCCUUGAAAGGGUAAAAGCAACAUAUGAUAUAUCUGUGGUCACUGAUGUUCAUGAAAGUAUUCAGUGUGAAGCAAUUGGGAAGGUUGCUGAUAUUAUUCAAAUUCCUGCUUUCUUAUGUCGGCAGACAGAUCUCCUUGUUGCAGCUGCCAAGACUGGCAAAAUAAUCAAUAUCAAGAAAGGGCAGUUUUGCGCACCAUCUGUCAUGCUAAAUUCUGCCGAGAAGGUCAGAUUAGCUGGAAAUGAAAAUGUAAUGGUGUGUGAGAGAGGCACAAUGUUUGGCUAUAAUGACUUGAUAGUAGAUCCACGAAAUUUAGAGUGGAUGAGGGAAGCAAAUUGUCCAGUUGUGGCUGACAUAACACAUUCUUUGCAACAACCUGCUGGGAAGAAGCUGGAUGGCGGGGGUGUUGCCAGUGGUGGUCUCCGUGAGUUGAUUCCUUGUAUUGCCAGAACUGCCGUUGCUGUUGGAGUGGAUGGACUUUUCAUGGAGGUGCAUAAUGAUCCUCUAAAUGCUCCUGUCGAUGGUCCUACACAGUGGCCUCUUCGCCAUCUGGAAGAACUACUAGAAGAGCUCAUUGCAAUUGCUAGGGUCAGCAAAGGGAAGAGUCCAUUGAAAAUCGAUCUUACUCCAUUCCGCGACUAGAUUUUGCCAUGAUAUUUGGGGAAACCGUCCCACUCUGCCUUCUGUGCCUCUUCAUACUUUUUGAUAGCUGCUCGAGUUUCAUCGACAUAAGCUGGGUGUUCCAAAGGAUAAAGUUGGAAUUUCACUGCCUGCGUAGUGUUACUAGAGAGCCAAAAAGGGAUGAACCAUUUCUCCCCUUGUGUAGUUAUGUUCAAUAUCGUGUAAGCCAGCAUUUCACCCGUGUGUUUCGCACAAAAGAACCGUUCCCAAAUUAUUUUAACUUUACCAAUGGAAAUAUGAGUAUGAUUUCACAUGUAUAUUCAUAGAAUUUGUUUAUUUAGUACGAGUAUUUAAUAUCUUUAACUUUUUGAAAAAUGUAGAGGGCUUUUAUACCGUUUUUUUAAUUAAUUUGAACUAUUUAA